AUGUGUAGCUCUGAUGUCUUCCUGGCCAUCCUGGCCGUCUUCUUCCCACCCAUUGCCGUCUGGAUCAAGGCAGGGAUCUGCACUGCUGACUCCAUCAUCAAUAUCGCCCUGUGUCUACUCGGUUACGUCCCUGGACUGAUCCACGCGUGGUAUAUCAUCCUCAAGUAUCCAGAGCAGGAUUAUGACGAUGCGGCCUAUGAACCUAUCCCCGGUGGCUCCAGCCAGCGCCGUGAUUUGGAGAACGGCCAAGUGACCUAUUACUACGUCUCGCACCAGCCUCCUCAGCGUCAACCCCAACGAUCAUACGGCACUACAGAUGCCCCGGCCCAACAGCCCGCUCAGAAUAAUCAGCCACAGACUGGAGGCCCCAGUAGCAGUGAGCAGCCAGCAACUGAAUCGCGACCCCCACCAACCUACGCCGAGGCUGUGCAAGGGGAUCACAAGAUACAAACUCAGGAUUAG